UGCUGGCGCGUGGAACCCGAUUGGACCGUCAAUGAAGCCCUCGCGCUGUCUCGACACCUCUUAUAAACACCCAGAGCGCAGUAAGCGAGGAUACAGCCUGACUGCAGGGACUGGAGCGACAAGUGGCUGCGGGAAAACAACACCAAUGUGUCGGAGCGGGCAGAGGAUGCUGCCGCCUUGCUUACUUGUGGUGUGCUUGCUGCUUGGAUUCGGCCGGGCCGCCUUGUCUUGGACCGGGGAGAACCCGCUGCUGCAGCCCGGGAAUGCGACUCCCAACCUCGACUCCUUCCACACUCCUCGCCCAAGCGAGGACGAUGACGGCGGCGAGACAGCCUCCGCCGGCCCGGCCCUUAAACCGGAGGAUCCCGGAUUAACCUGCUACGAGGAUAGAAUGACACUCAAGCUACCCGGCACUGGCGUGAAGGCGCUCCGUGUGCGAGUGAAGAAUCACCUCCUUCCAGUGGCGAGCCUGGCCGGGUUUUGCAAGUACAGCGUGACGUUUAGUGGGGGCUACAGCUUGUUCACUACGUCAUUCAAGGGCUGCAACGUGAAGAUACAGGAAAUCAAUGGGAUCUCCUCCUUCGUGCUCACUGUGUUCUUCCCAAGGGCUGGGGGUGCAGGGCUGGUGAUGAGGUGUCCACAGAGCACCCCCAAACCUCUCCCCAAUGCAGCCUGUGGGGUCACCACUGUGACCUUUGAACUGCCAGAGGGACCCCUAGAGGAGGUCACAAUCUCAGACCGGUCUGGUUUGGAGAUGCUGAUCAAAGACGCCCCAGAUGAAUGUGCUUUCUACCUGAUGAAGGGAGACGGGAGGAAUGUGCUCACAAUCUCUUACUAUGCCAAGGAUGAAGGCUGUCCUCUCCAAACACAGAACAAUACCCUGGUCUUCCAUGUGACGUACAAGGACGCGGAGGGACGGCCAGGCUCUAUAGAGCAGAGGUGUCUCCCAUUCGAACCCCCUGCUGUCUGUGGCCCCUCCAGCAUGAGUACAGAUCUGCCAGAGGGGCCACUAGACCAGGUCUUCAUCCUGGAUGGGAAGAACAGCCUGGUUGCUGUGAAGGUCAAUGGCAGCUGUGGCUAUGGGCUGGUCCAGGGGAUUGGGAAGAACUACUUUAUGGCUCCUUACGAUGCUUGUGAUGUGCUGAAACAGAACAUUGAAGGCCAUGUCCACUACUCGCUGUCCGUUUCCUUCUCUGAUGUAAACGAGGUGACUCGCUUGAGGCAUAUGAAGUGCCGUGUCUUGGCUAAGCGUGAGAUCCUCCCUCCUCCCUCUCUCCCUCCCCUCCCUGCUGGUGUCUCGGUCUCCUGCAGUGAGGGGUGCAUGACGGUGCUGCUGCCUGCCGGUCCCCUCGAUCUGGUCAAAGUCAAGGAUGACUCCAAUAAUUUGGUUGGGGUGCAGUCUGCACCAAGUGCCUGUGGCUACACUCUAGAGGAGAAGGAUGGAAAGACCGUCUUGACGGUGUCUUACACAGCCUGCCAUGUGAAGACCUUGAAUAACUUGUAUGUCCUGACGGUGCUCUUCACCCCCUACUCCUCUGACCAGAGGGAGGUGACGGUAUCAUCCUGCCCUGUACCCCCAAAUCCCAUCCCCCAAGAAGGCUGUCUGAUCCCAGCUGAGCAGCAGCUUCCCUGUGGCCCCUCUAAGCUCUCUCCAGCGCUGUGCCGGGCUAGAGGCUGCUGCAUGAACCCCAAAACCCGCCGCUGCUUCUACCCUCUAGAGAUGUGCACGGCAGACGAGCAGUUUGUGUUUGCUGUUUACCGCAAGUCUUUCAAUCCGGAGGUCAACCCUGCCAGUCUGGCGCUCGCUGGGGACCAGUCCUGCCUCCCAGUUCUCUGCACUCCAGACUAUGCCAUCUUCAAAUUCCCAGUCACUGGCUGUGGGACCCGAACUUUUGUUGUGGGGGAGACUAGAGUGUACCUGGCUGAGGUGCAGAGCUUGAUCCAACGCAGACAGUGGACCUACGGGCUCAUAACCAGCGACAGUCCCUUUAGGCAAGUAUAUAGACGGAGCCCUGCCCUUAUUGCAGUGCUCCACUCUCUUUCUACCCCCAGUCUCCUUGUGGAAUGUCGUUAUUCUAAAGGGAACGUGGCCAGCACUGGGUUCCUGGUGAAGACCCCCACAGCCCUCCGCCCUGCCCCUCACCUGGGGGUGUUUCAGGUGCAGUUACAGAUUGCUAAAGAUGGGACUUUCUCCCAGUUCUACCCCUCCUCCAGCCUGCCCGUGAGUCUCCUCCUGGGGAGCAGAGUUUACCUUGAGCUGCGUCUGAUCAACCCCACUGACCCCAGCCUGGUUCUGCUGGUGCACUACUGCAUUGCUUACCCACGCUCCUCCAGUGCUGUGUGGGUGCUGCUGUACCAGGGUUGUCCCAAUGUCCUGGAUUACGGCAGCUCUGCUUCGCUGCACGUCGACGGCCAGCCCCCCCACUCCCACUCCAAAUUCAGACGACGCUUCAGUCUCCGGACAUUCCAGUUCCUGAGCAGUGGGCUAGCCCUGGACGAGGAGAUCUCCUUCAUGUGCUCCACUGAAGUCUGUUCUCCAGACCAGCGCGUCUGCAAUGAGGGUUGCUUUGAUGGGAGAGAUACUCCCAUCUCGAUAGACCCCAGUAUGAGACUGCGCUGUGCUGGUAAUCCCUGCCCGGGGAGUGUGCUGCUGGAGGGAGGCUAGUGAAGGAGCUCGGAGCCCAGGCAGGAAACGCAGCCCUAAGACUACAGUAACCAUUUCAAAUAAAGAGAACAAACC